GUAUGGUCACAUGACUCACUUCCUGUGAGGUAUGGUCACAUGACUCACUUCCUGUGAGGUAUGGUCACAUGACUCACUUCCUGUGAGGUAUGGUCGCGACUUCCUGUGGUUGUACAGGAGAGAACAGACUUCACAAACAUGGACGCCCUACAGACAGAGCGGCGGCCAUCUUGGAUGGGUGCUUCUUGCAGCCGCAGCUCAUUAGUUUGUCGAACUAAUGAAGUAUGAGCUCAUCAGAGACUCUGUCCCACAUUAUAAUACCAGCUGCCAUGUUUUAYUGUCUUCAACAACGUCUGAUGUAAUAAUAAAAGUAAAUGUUUCAUCCUGAGGGUCUGUUUUUACUCAGUUGUGUUUGUUUGUUGAAACAAUCUGUUUUACGUCUCGUGUCUCAGAGGGACAAAUCAAAUGUCUGAAGGUUGAACUUCCUGUUCUCCAUGAAGUCAGACUCUCAGCUUGUUUUUGUUUCAGCUGUGAAGAGACGUAAACAAGACACGCAGACCACGCCCACUCCCACCACUCUAACAGAGGAGGCGGAGCUUAAUGAGGAGGAGGAGAGGAGGCCGAAGAAAAAGAGGAGGAAGAUGAACAAAGAAGAGAAACAGGAAACUGAAACAGAUGAUCCUGCAGCCAGCAGCUCACAGGUCAGCAGCUCACAGGUCAGCAGCUCACAGGUCAGCAGGGAGCCAAACGCUUCAUCUCAAACAUCAGACGGCGGCGAGGCAAACAGGAAGUCCUCUGAUGGAGGCCAGGCGGACAGGAAGUGGUCUGAACAGCAGGUCAGAACUCCGUGUCCAUAUGGGACAGACUGCUACAGGAAGAACCCGCUUCACUUCCAGGAGUUCUGUCACCCCGGAGACCUGGACCACCAGGAGGACCAGAACCGACCCGAGUGUCUGUACGGAACCGCCUGCUACAGGAAGAACCCUCUCCACAGGAAACAGUUCAGACACACACAGGAAGCUGCUUCCUGGACUCGAGCCAACCCUGAUGAAGAUGAAGACGUGGACUCAGACUACGUCCCUCCAGACUCAGAGGACAGUGAACAGGAAGUCUUCCUGAAGAACAGGAAGUAGACCGAGGUGUGCUUGUUUACCUGCUGUAAACAGGAAGUCAACAGGAAGUGUGAACAACAACAGGAAGUGUGAACGACAUCAUCAUCAGGCUGAAUGUUCCUCCUACAAACUGACACCAGUUAACAGAACCUCUCUGAACUGGGUCAAAACAAGACCUGGUUCUAAGUUCAGGUUCUGAUGAUCCAGGUCUUAGUUUCAGUUUUCUGUUGGGGGYUCGGUCUUGUUUGGUUUCUUCUCUGGACUUUAACGGUCCAACAGAUCUGGACCUCCUGUCCUGUUCUGGACCCUCAGCGGCCUGCACUGGAUGAAGACCACCAAGACUUCACAGGGUCUGCUCCGUUUGGACCAGAUCUUCAUGGAGCUGRCAGCCAUGAAGGAGACCGGACCCACAAAGACCAGACUGAAGACCAGCAGAACAACAGGUCCACGGGCCGGUCCUGGGAUCAGAUCAGAUCCACAUGAAGACAAAAUGUUUCCUCCUGGUUCUUCUGAUCCAAACCCAGAGUCCAGGGGUCCAAACGGGCUGUUAUUGCAGGUGUUCUGAUUGUCCUCAGUUGGUUUGGGUCCAGGUUCUGGACCAGGUUCUGUGCAGAACUUUGUGUUUAAAUAGAGCCCAGAUUAAAGGACAUGAUUUUAUUUCCAGAGUAAAUUUCAAAAUAAAGUCUUUUAUUUUGAAGUUUGAAUUGAACUUGUUUCAGGGACUUCCUGUUCUGGUUUUGUCCUCUGCUUCAGUUUCAAUAAAGMUUUAAACCUG